AUGGGUGCUCUGCGGAACAUUGCGCUCGCUGUGCUUACCAUCUCAUUUUUCACCUUCGUGGCUUUUUUCGGCCGACUGCCAGCUUUGAGAAAAACUCCCAUCGGCUGGCUGUAUCGCCUGCUCUGCUUGCAAAUUCCACGCGGACUUGGUGCUGUUGAUGCUUCUCUCACAGGUGGGAGGAUCGGCCGAAAAAGCCAGCGAUUGGGCAACUACCUAUUCUACGAGAAGAAUCCGGUCGUGCUGAUACUUUUCCUUUUUCUAUUGACGGCAAGCGCUUCGAUGUUCUUGUGGAGUUCAGUGCUCCGCUUACCAAAGAAUCUCCUGGUACCACUGCCACUGCUUGUCUCGCUCCCCUAUGUCUUCACGUACUUGUCUGUCACCGGCACGGCCCAUCACAUUUCACGGCAGAAUCACAGCGCACGAAUGCUUGACUACCCUUUCGACCAUGUUCUGUUUAGACCGCAGACCGUGUGCAGGACGUGCAAUCUUGUCAAGCCAGCUCGAUCAAAGCACUGUGGUUUCUGUGGCGUCUGCGUCGCCAAGUGUGAUCAUCACUGCCCGUGGGUCAACAACUGCUUGGGGAGAGGCAAUUACCGCCACUUUCUGGCUCUCCUCCUGAGCAUUGGGGUUCUGGAGAUAUACGGCGCCUAUUUGAGUUGGUGGCUGCUUCGCCCACAUCUGAAGGUCAACCCUGCACAUAGUUUCUUCUCGCGCGCCCGUCUCGACGAUCUGGCCCACGUAUUCGUUCUCGCUGUUGACAAAGGGGGCAUAUCCAUUGCUGGGGUUGGCCUGCUGGCGGCUUCCACCGCGUCACUUCCUCUCGGACUCUUGGCGUAUCACUUGUAUCUGAUCUGGGCCGGCAUGACUACGAACGAAUCUCAAAAGUGGUCCGAAUGGAAAGAAGAUAUGCAUGACGGCUAUGUUUUUCGCGCCAACGUGAACGACUUGCGAGCUCACAAUGAACAGCGAAACGUCCGCGACGGGGAUGGCAACAGACAGCAGAACCCUGCUCUUCACGGCCUCGAGGCCCAGGAGAAUGUUGUAUGGCCAAUUAGCAGCGAUCAAGUACUCGUACGGACUAACGAUGGGAAGCCGCCACGUAGACAAGAUGCUCUGUGGACUCGGGUCUGGGACACGAGGGAUGUCGACAAUAUUUACGAUCUGGGUUGGUACGAAAACUUUCGCCAGGUGUUUCUAGGACAUUGA